GCUCUGCGCGGUCCCGCCGGCGGAAGCGGCGGGCGAAGCGGGUGUCCUUCGCGAAGCCGAGUGACCAUGGUGGCCCGAGUGUGGGCGCUGAUGAGGUUCCUCCUCAAGGGCAGCGUGGCCGGGGGCGCCGUGUACCUGGCGUACGACCAGGAUCUGCUGGGUUCCAGUGACAGGGGCGAGGCGGCCCUGCACAAGGCCGAGGAGCUGGUACCCCCAGCCAUGUACCAGUUCAGCCAGUACGUCUGCCAGCAGACGGGCCUGCAGAUGCCGCAGCUUCCAGCUCUUCCAAAGAUUAACUUCCCCAUCCAGGACACCUGGAACUCAGGCAUCCUGAGGGUCAUGUCGGCGCUGUCCACCGCCCCCGCCAAGGCCCACGAGUACUCCAGGCAGGGCUGGGAGUACGUGAGGGAACGCAUCAAGUAGUGGACGGCUGCCUGGACGCCGGGACCCCACACCCCACAGCGGCAGCUCACGGCCUGGCCUGGCCCAAUAAAGGACUUUGCAAGUA